AUGGUCACACACAAAGGUGAAGGGAGAAAGAGAAGUGGAGAAGACGAAGGAAUCUUGGACGAAUAUUCUAGUGGGACGAAAUUUGCUCCCACAGAGGUCAAGGAGGCUUUCGAGGACGUGGAAGAGGACGCCAAGGAGUGUCCCAAGAAGGGGAAUGAAACAAAAUCCAUUAUAGCUAAAACUAAAGAAGAGUUGUUGCUGAUGGCAUAUGUGGAAGUCAAGGGAAAACAAAUCAACAACACAUGGUAUUUGGAUUCAGGCUGUAGCAAUCACAUGAGUGGAACCAAGAAGAUGUUCACCAAACUUGAUGAGAAGUUCAGGGAGAAUGUAAAGCUUGGUAAUGACUCAAGCUUAAAAGUACAAGGAAAAGGAGAUGUCAAAAUUAAAGUCAAUGGUGCUGUACAAAUCAUAUCAGGUGUGUUCUGUGUGCCUGACUUUAGAAGUAAUCUGAUCAGCCUUGGUUAG